AUGACAAACAGUGAGGGAAGCCGUGCUUCACAGAGGAGAAUGGUUGAAGGAGAAUCAAGCAAUGCAAGGGAGAGAAGGCUAAAAAUGCAAGCCGAUUUGGAAGCAAUGACUCAAAGGAUCGAAGGUUCUGAUGCAGAGGAGUAUGUCUACUCUGAAGAAGAGUCUGAGAACGAGGUUUUGAGGGAGGAAACCAAGAAGAGGAAUGAUUCCAUUAGUAGUGAGAGUGAGCAAGGAGAGUUUGAGAUUGGAGUGAACCUUUUUCAAGAGGAAGGAGAUGGCUCCCCAACUGAAGAAGAAAGUGAUGGGACUCCAAGUGAAGAAGAGGGUGAAGAAGUCAAUCAAGAGAUUGAUGGAAGUGAACAUGAGAGUAACCAAGAUGAGCCCAUGGAGGAGGCUGAGCCACAAGAGGAGGAGGAAGAACUCCCCAUGUUCCAAGAGCACUACAAUGCUCUCUUCUCCAUGGAUUUCGUGGAGACAAGAUAUCCACAUGUUGACACAAUGAAGGCCCUUGGAAUCUUUGAGGAUGUAGAGCUAGUUCUCAAGAACAUGCACUUGGGAAGGUUUUUCUCUCAUCACAUGGAAUCCUACAAAGAGCUCACUUGCGAGUUUUUGGCUUCAAUGAGGCAGUUGGAGAUCUUGUUUGGUUUCAACUAUGGAGAAGGGACUGAGUGGAACUUCAAGGAAAAGGAGCUCCAAAGGGUUUGGGCUACAAUCGCUGAAGUGGGAUACUCUUCCUCACGAUCUAAAGCCGCUCAAAUCAGGAGUCCAGUGCUUAGUUAUGUGCACAAGGCACUCGCCCACACCUUCUAUGCAAGGAAAGCAACCGGCACAAUAAAUGAAGGGGAACUCAAGCUUCUUGACAUGGGAAUCAAACCCAUCCUCUCUCACACAAGCGAUGGCAAGAGGAUUAGAGGAGAUAGCCACACAGGGAACUUGAUGCCUUCCUUGACCAGCUCCUCACCUACAAGACCACAGCCUACAACACUAGCAUCAAAAGGGAAGGAAGCUAAGUGUUGGAGGGCUCAUCACUCCUAUCUUUUGGGCAUGAAGGAUGAUUGCGAGAAGAGGAGCCUGACUCGAUCGAGCUCGAUCGAGCUGAGGAUCGAGCUGAGUCGAGCUGAAGAUCAGUCCAGGAGAAUGGAUUUGGGUGAGCCUGAGUGCUAUUACUUUGAGGAGUAUGAGGCUCCAAGGAUGAACCCCUCUGUUGUGGCUGCCCACAAGAGGAUUGGACUUCUCCAAAAGUUCAACAAAUGGCAAGGGAAGCCAUGA